AAAUGAAAGAUCUGGCGGGAGAAGUCCUCGCGGUCCUUCACUAUAAAGCUCUAGCCAAACCCUAUUCCGGAAUUCCCCAUUUUUCCCCCUAGGCUUCACUCGUUCUCUUUUCUCUUUACCCCAAUCCCUAAAUAUGCAUUUAAUAAAACCCCUCUAGUCGUAAAUUAGGGUUUGAUAUUUAACCUCUCUUACAAAAUAUUCCUCAAUUUUGAUUGUCAAGAUUAACAAAAAUGGAUGAUGUGUUUGAAGAUGACCGUGAAAAGCAAACUUGUACACUCAAUGAGUAUCUUGAUGACGUUGAAGAACGCGAACUGGAAGCUGAAAUGGUUUUGGGCGGUGAUGAUGGAGAUGAGUGUACAUACUCUAAUGGUUAUCUGAAAAGACAGGCUAUAUUUUCAUGUUUGACAUGCACUCCCGAAGAAUUUGCUGGAUUUUGUACUGCUUGCAGCUUGUCUUGUCAUGAAGGACAUGAGGUUGUGGAGCUGUGGACCAAGAGAAACUUCAGGUGUGAUUGUGGAAAUUCAAAGUUUGGAAACUUCAUUUGUAAGCUUCAGCCGGGUAAGGACAUAGAAAAUGUAAAGAAUGCAUACAACCACAACUUUAAAGGUACAUAUUGUACCUGUGAUCGCCCUUACCCCGAUCCUGCUGCUGAAGAGGAUGAAGAGAUGGUACAGUGCUGUAUAUGUGAAGAUUGGUUUCAUCGGGAACAUCUUGGUCUUGAUUCUACUGAGAAGAUUCCUGUGGACGAUGAAGGAGAGCCACUAUACGAGGAUCUUAUAUGUUCUGGUUGCUCAAAAGCUUGUUCAUUCUUGGCCUUUUAUCCCCAGAACAUAUUUGUGGCCCCUAAGAAACAUGAGGCGGUCACGAAUGGUGAAAAAGGGAAGGGAGUACUGGUAGAGGCUUCAUGUAUCAGUGCUGACAAGAUAAGUUGUGACAACUCGAAAUCGUGUGACAAUGGUGACAUCAAGCCUGAUAAUAUAUAUGAUAUAGAAGGAUCGGUUGCAGGAGAAAAGACGGACAAAAAAUUGAGCUUGAAUAAAUGCAUUCAAGAUAGUAGUUCAGGUACUACUUGCCAGCUUGGCCUUGAUCUUAGGGAAGCACUGCCAACUAUGGAAAGGAACAAAACUGUUUUCCUUAGAAAUAACUGGAGGGACUCUCUCUGCCGAUGUGAAAAAUGUUAUGCUUUCUAUGAACAGAAUCACAUCAGUUUUCUGGUUGACAAAGAUGACACAAUUGCUGAAUAUGAGAAGCGGGGAAAGCAAAGAAGGGACGAAAGGCUGCAGAAACAGGAGGGUGCCACAUUAAACAUGUUUAAUAACCUUGGUCACAUACAGAAAGUGGAGAUUAUGAGUGGCAUCGCAGAGAUGAAAAAUGAGAUGGAAAAUUUUUUUGCAAAUCGUGAUGCAUCAGAAGCAGUUACAUCUGAUGAUAUAUAUCAACUUUUUGACAAUCUAAAAAAGAAACGUCGCCGGGAAAUGUAAGCAAUGUCUUAGACCUCUGUAACAUAAAUAUACCUUGGAUAAUCAUAGACUUGUUAGAUUUCUGAACCUUUCUUGUUGUUUGAAAUGUCAUUAAACUUUCAGUUUGUGAUCGCUUUGUUCUUUUGCAUUAUGUAUAAUGGCAUGAUCCUUUAUUGUUUUUCCUAAUAGAACUUUGAGGAAGUUGAUUGUG